UGUGACUUGACAGUGCACAGGAAGAAGGUCUUUCUGUCCAUGAUGACAACUUUAAAACGGCAGCACGCGCUGAAGCUCGCGACACGUUUUGCGUCAAUUUAACGCGGUUUUCCUCUCAAUUUUUUUGUUGUUGACGUCGAAUGUCGUUUCCGUCUGGAAUUAGCUUAGCCACACUGAGGCUAGCUGCUAGCCAGCUAGCAUGAGCGCGGGCCAUCGCGGUCUUUGUUUACAUCCAGUCAUGAUGACGAUGAUGAUGAUGAUGAUGAUGAUAAGGUGGUGAUGGUGUGUUAGCUAACCCCGCUAUCAGCGCUGUUUCAGCGGGACAGUGACAGCCUCCGCCCCGGGGAUCGAACACCCACCUCGCUGCUGGCAUCGUAGCCUGAUGGAAGUGUCCUCACAGGAUCCAUCCCUCGUGGCCAUGGACCUGUCAAAGAGCUACAAACCCCUGACCCGCAGCCACACUGAAGCCAUGGACCUGGUGAAGAAGCCGGAGUGGUACCAUCGCCGUCCAGCAGGCUGCAGCGCGGACAUCACAGUGUCCUCGUUUCGAUCCAGAGCCUCGUCGUCCUCUUUUAACUCUCUCUCAUCGGCACCAGCUCCCGCCGCCGUCCACUGCAGAGACAUGGACCAGGUCCCUGAGGCUUUGACCGGCUACAUGAACUCGUCAAUUGCUCCGGGUCUGGAUUUAUACCAUGACGGAGUUCACGGCAACCUGUGGCAUCCGGGUUUCUACGGUCCUGACCGGAGUGUCGGCCCCGCUCCUGAAAGCAGCGGCGCGGAGGAGAGCGACAGCGGCUCUGAUGUCAUUUUCCUUGUUUCCUCUGCGAAGGAGCCGCUCUUAUGUAGCUCCUUCAUCCAGGACAGUGUGAGACACAUCGUGGAGCCUCUGUCGCCGGCUGUGUCUUCGCUGGGGGGAGGGCGAGACUGCUGUCACCUUCCUCAGCCUCUGAGCUCCCCCAGUGCCGACAGCUCGUAUUCAGACGACUCGUCGGACAGCUCAGUGGACAUCCCUGUUCAUCACACCAGGCCCGUCGUCCUCCUGUCGGACCUCGGCCCUGUUUAUGGCAACCGCGUCCAAUCUCUCAAUGUUUCCAGCGACGACAGCGACGUCAUUGAAGUCUCCGUCACUAACUGCAAGAAAAGAAGCCGCAGCUUUUCUCACAAGAAAACUGUCCCUUGUAAAAAGAGUGACAUGAGCGACACAUCGCCUCAGAGUGGACGAGAAAAAGCUCCAGCUAAAAAAGUGCGGCGUAGCACCAGAAUCAGAAAACCUAUGUCCGAGACACCGCAGUUUUCCUGCGCGGCGUCCCGGUACAGUCUGAGGAGACAGGCCAAAAAUGACGCAGUGGGAAUUUACAAUGAAAGCUGCGAUUCUGAUGAUAUGAUGGAUUACACGGCAAGGUUGUCCAACCCAGAGGUUGAUGAGUCCCUCUCACCACCAAACGAGUCACAGAGAGCGAGCAGCAGCUCACACGAGUCAGAUGUGGACGUUCUGACGGAGAGGACGUCACCACCACCUCGCGGGAAACCUACGAGCCCGGCUAAGAAGCCGCUCACAACAACAAAAAGGUUAAGAGGAACCAAACAGAAACAGCAGAACCUCAAGGCGUCACCAGCAAACAAAAAAAACACCACGAGGCGGAAGAAAAAAAGACGAACUUGCUCCGGACCAUCUUCUCUGUUUCCUCCCAGAGAGCCAGAAAUCAAGCUGAGAUAUGCGAAACUUAAAGCGGAGAAAAAAGCCAAGAAAUCGGACGCUUUCUGUCCCUUUGUCCACGUGGAGCAAAGGACGUGCACUGUGGUCAACUUCGAGGAGGAGGAGGCAACUGUGCGGAGCAGCCAAGGAGCACGGACACAGAUUGGUGUUAAGUCUCUGCCCGGGUCUUUACCCAAGACGUCCUGUUUCCGGCUGAGUCGGCUCCGCUCAGAGAGCAGGAGCCAGGGGGCGCUCUACUGCAGCCUGUGCGGUCAGAUGGCCAACUUGAAGGGUCUCGGGGACCUUCAUGGCCCAUACUGUCGCAGCAGCUCACGUUUGGACGUCCAGAGCUGCAGGACUGAGCAGAAGGAGGAAGACUGCUCGCGCAAACUCGCUGAUUCAGUCAAUUCCCCAGACAUUAGUUACAAUAGUCGCGCAUGCUCUCCUGCGGUCAAGUGUUCACAAGGCGGCGACAGCAGCGCACUGCCAAAGAUCCGUCUUCAGGAGGACGAGUGCUGGAUUCACGAAGACUGCGGCAUCUGGUCCACCGGCGUCUUCCUUGUCAGAGGGAAGCUGUACGGCUUAGAGGAGGCGGCACGACUGGCACAGGAAACAGUUUGUUCAGCGUGUCAACAAACAGGUGCAAUUAUGGGCUGUUUCCAGAAGGGCUGUUCCAGAUACUAUCACUACAUAUGUGCCAUUCACUCAGGCUGUGCCCUCAAUGAGGAGAACUUCUCCAUGCGAUGUACAGAGCACAAGAACAAAGCGUUCACCAGUAUCACCCGACGACGCAGGAGAUGACGCAGAAGAAACACGGAGGCUCUGGAGAUCUCCUCAGGGUGUGAAGGCGUCACCUCUGCUGUUUACUAACACUGUGUGUGUGUGUGUGUGCAUGUGAGCGUGCGUGCGUGUGUGUGUGUGUGUGUGUGUGUGUACAAAUGUCUUUGAGGACCAAAAAAAAAACAAACUUAUACCACCACAAGUGAGGAGGUUUUUGUGAAAGUGAGGACAGUGGGAUUACUUCAUGGCAAGUUCAGGGAUUUUCAAAAUAAAAUAUUGUUGUAUUACGUUUUUUUAGCUUGAAAGUAAAAUGCAUUCAUGUUAUUUCUGGUAUUAGUAGUUCUUCUUCUCAGACAAAUACACGUUUAAAAUCCCUUCCUCAUCCGGCUUUCAAAAUAAGAGCCAUUAACUUUGGCACGUAGGAGUCGUUAUUCUUACAAAACAAAAUAUACAUUUUCAUAUCUUUUUUUUAUUUGUAAUUUGAGUCAAAGUAGUUUUUGGUAGUUUUUAGGGUUUGGGUUAGGUUUAGAUUAGGGAUUAGGGAGUGGAUUAUGUCUGGGUGUCCUCACUAAGAAUGCUGUACGAGUGUGUGUGUGUGUGUAUUUAUUCUUAAAAAUCAACACCUGGAUUAGCCACGUCACAAACACAGUUUAUUAUUUGACCAUGAUAAUAAUAAUCUAAGAGAUUAACUUAAUUCCUACUGUUUUUGUACGACUUUUCUAUAAUUGUUGGUUCUUCAGGCGUCACAUGAUGAGGUCACAUGACGAGGACCAUUUACUUUGAUCAAGAAGCAGGAACAGCUGUCGUUUGCUACUCUGCACUUUAUUAAUAUGAUUUUAUUUAUGUCUGAAUUGUUCUUUAUCAUACAGUUAUUUAAGUUUAAUAUAAAGCUGCACUAAGUAGGAUUUAUAUAUAUAUAUAUAAAUAUUAGUGUGAGCUUUAUUGAUUCAUCUCAUGACAGACACUAAAUGUUUAAAAAAGAAAAGAGAUUUUAAUCCAGAUUUUAGUUUUAUGCCUGCACUUUGUAUCUGAGUAAAUAAAAAAACAAGAUGAUUGUUAUUUAAUAAUAAAAAAAAUUAUCA